AUGACGAGUCAUUCUCCUACCGGCGCCGGCAGUGUUUUGGGAGGAGAGGGAUCGACAGUUGCGGCGGUGCAAGCAGCCGUGAACGCUCGAGCGACGGGUAUGAGGCAUUUCUACCGAGCUCUACGCCAAUACGAGCUGGCCACUACAUUCUCGGCUAUUGAUUCUCGGCCUGAAGCGGGAUGGUCAGUGAUUGACUCGGACAUCGAGAAGGGCAGGCCAGGCUGGUCGUCGCUGCGCAAUGCAGUCACGCAGCUGUCAAACACCAGCAAGCCCGUCUACCUGACGAUGGACCGGAUCCUGACUGCGCUCAAGGUAAUGACUGGAGUGGACAGUCAGAAACUGCUCACUACUGUGAUCGGCAUGUUGAUGAGUGAGGCAGAUGAGGGCGGUGAGCAGACGGCAGGGAGGGAGGAGCUCGAGAGGAGCUUGCAAGAGUGGUAUCCGCAAGCCUUUACAUCCGAGUCACUGGCCUUCCCUGCGGUACCAGAGGGCAAAGCGGAAGCCGAGAGGUUCAUGGCGUUCUACGACUCGAAGUCCGCGGCACUGCUAUCAUGGUUCGAGGCGGAUCAUCCGGAGUGCGAUCUUGCGGUUUACCCCAGUCGAAUCGAGGAGAUUCGCGAGGGGCAUGCGGAUCACGCAAAGCAGCUGAAUGCCAUCAAGGCGAAGCAUGGUUUCAGGUGGACACAGAUGAACGAGGAGCAAUUGGUGGGGGCUUCAGGCUAUCGGUUCGGCGGCUAUGUUGCGGGAUCGCAAUUCAUCUCGAAUGAUCUGCACAGUCAAACGGCGAACGGAGGUUCGAUCGCGACCCCGACACUUCAAGGUACCAUCGAGGAAUUCAAGACAGAUGUCCUUCGCUUCUUCGCCACUCAUCACAGACUCAUGGCGCUGAAGAAAGCUCACGUUGGAGGCGUGUCGGUGCGAUGCACAGGUGACGUGAGGAAACGGCGUAUAUCAGAGCAGCGUGCAUAUCAGGGAAGGGAAUAUCUGGGCGCUACAGCACAGGCGUACCCGGCAGCGGUUGAGCGAAGAGUUCAGGCUGUCUCGUUCGACGUUUGUAAGAGUCCUGGUGUGGAUACGAGGAGGUCAGCACAUGUCCAUAAUGCGGUGCGGUACGAUAGUCAGAUAGAUCAGCGGUCUAUAUCAUGGGAAAUUGUGGCCCGGAGACACGCCACAGAUGACCUCGACUAA